AUGACCUAUUUUAUUGAAGGAGAAGGGAAUGGCAUCAGAAUUCUAAAUCAUGCACUUAAAAAUCAUCCCAACUUUUAUCAAAAGCUGAAUAUUGAAAGAAUUAGUAUUGAAAUUGAAAAUUUUGUUGAUUAUGAAAACUCACGAAACAAGAAGAAUAUGCUAGAGUUGAGAAAAGUCCUUGAAAAACUCGAACGAUAUCACACAGACUUAAAUUUCUUACAUAGACACUUUUUUAAAGAAUUGAUGAGCGAUGCUAUCAGUUAUUCGAAGAUAGAGCAAAUUAAUCGAAAAAUAGCAUCCAUGACAGAAAAUUGCCAAGUUAUUGGUCAAGAUUUAAUAUCGAGCAAUGAAUUCUCAUUGGCAAAAGCAGAGACUGUAACACUUUCAGGAUUCGCAAAGAAUGUUUAUAAUUCCUCAGAUAAUUUAGAUAUACCUCUCGAUGGAGUGGAAAAUAAUGCAGCAGCCAAAAAAGAAUUGCUGUUUAGAUCAGCAUUGAGCUUACCAGAACCUCAUCGACUUCAAAAACUUGGGCUAGGUCUGUUUUUGUUUGUUACAGCAAGUCUAGUUUUGGCAUCCAUUGUGCUAAGUGUGGUUUUGUCUCAAUUUGCAACUAAGGACAUUAUUAUAUCAAGAGAGAGUUGCCGACCAUUGGGAGCUUCCUCGUUACUACUUGGUGAAUUGAGAACCACACAAGCGCUCUUAGAAGUAUUUGGUAGAAAUGACUCUCAAUCCGUGCAAGGGUUCCAAUUUCACAAAACAAGAUUGGCAGCCUAUUCUCAAAGCUUACAAGCAUUAAUUGAUCAAGAAAAAAGUAGUAGUAACAAUAUUCGAAACUAUGUGAACGGAAAGUAUGAAAUAUUAAUACCAGCUCUAGAUGCUGAAGGUUCCAUCUCCUCGACGCCACUUUUCACCACUAGCACUAUUCAAAAUGCAACAGUAUUCGAUAUUGUGCAUAUGAUUAUGAAGCAUGAACAAAUUAUAUUCAAUUAUGGAAUGGAUGAUUAUAACAAGACUUUGGAGAGUUUCAGUGUCAUGUUUUUAAUGUUAAAUCGUGACAGAGCGGAAAAUGCAUUUCAAUCCUAUUGUCUACAAUCUGUUUCUGACAUUAAGGUUUCAGCCGGAAAAUAUGCAAAUGCCUAUUUAAUCUUUUAUUCCUGUUCUGUAUUUAUUUAUCUUGUGAUAGGAUUUAUCAUAGUUGGUGUUGCCAGAUAUCAAUGUUCAAAUUCGAAUCAACUCAUCAAACUAUUGGAAUUGUAUAUUUCCAAGAAUAUCAUUGGUAAAAUAUAUCACUACUUGGGUAAACGAGGAGAGUCCGAUGAAUAUGCUGCAAGAAGUAAUAAUUCAACGAUACGGCCAUCUACUAUGGUUGUAGGUUAUGGAUUUGCUUUGAUUUUUUGUACUGUCAUUUGUCUCUCACUACUUUGUGCUGGAACCAUUACGAUCAGUAAUUACGCAGCUUCCACCAUUCAAAGUUUGAGCAGAAUUACUAAGACCUUGCUUUUAUUACAAAAAGUACAGUCAAGACUUGCAGAGCUGUUUUUGUUCAACAAGAUGGAUGGAUCCUCAGCGCUUAAUGAUCCCAAGUUGGCUAAACUAACAAAUUUUUCAACCAUGUAUUCAGAAAUUCAUCCGUUAAUCCAAGAUUUGCAACAGACAUGGAAUACAGAAUUGAGUGACUUAUCAAAACUACCAUCCUAUAAUCAGUACAUUUCCUCCUUAACUGGAACAAGUCAAUGUAACAAUACUGGAAAUCCAAAAGCAUGUGAUGGUCUCAACAACGGAAUUACAAACUUUGUUAUGAACAGCGAUCAACUCUCUGAAUUGCUCCAAAGUGAUAGUUAUAUAAGCUCUUCAAAGGAAGUUUUUAAAAACUAUUUAGACAGUUUUUUAACUGCAACUGACACUACAAACCUCCUACUUGAAUUCUUGGAAUAUUUCAUUUACUUGACUGCCAAGCCUGAUAUGGUGAUAAUUAUUGUUUUUUCUAUAUUUGGAAUACUUGAAACCUUAAUAUUUGGUUAUUUUCUGUACUCCUCAUGCAACUCUCAUUGGAGAGAUGUUCAUCAACUUCGCCUCAUGUUAAAUUACAUUCCAUGGGAAAUUUUGGAUGCAAAUGAAAAACUAAGGAAUUACGUGUUACAUUAUGACUUGAGCAAUGGAAAGGGAUUUUUGGGAAGGUCCAAAAUGAAAGACGAUGGAUCAGGUGGAGAUGAAGAAACGAGAGUGUCUAAUAUUCUUAACAGUGCAGUCGACGGUGUUAUUUUGUGUAAUGAAAAGGGAGAAAUUGACUUGUUCAACCCUUCUGCACAGAAAAUGUUUGGAAUCAAAUCGAGUGAUGCAAAAGGAAUGGGCGUGUUCACAUUAUUCGACCAAGAGGCCGUUGGCAAGGUCAAGUCUAUCAUUGACAUUAUGUGUAAAAACUUGGCACUAGAAGACGCUAACGAAAAGAAAAAUUCUGAUUCCAUAGAUAUUGAUUGCUUUAGAAAGAAUCAGACAAAAUUCCCUGCAAGAAUUAAUUUCUUUGCAACAUUGUUUGGAAAUAAUCCAGUCGUUACAUUUUUUGUUAAGGAUAUUACAUCAGAAAAGAAACAACAAACCCUAUUGGAGGAAGAGAAAAAGAAGUCUGAAUCUUUGUUACUGAACAUUUUGCCUGAGGCUGUUGCUCUUAGAUUGAAAAGUGGAGAAACUUAUAUUGCUGAAAAGUUUACCGAUGUAACAGUGUUCUUUAGCGAUUUAGUGGGUUUUACAAAACUUUCAUCGAAUAUGGAACCCAUUGAUUUAGUAAAGAUGCUUUCUGUAGUUGUGAACGAGUUUGAUACGUUGACAGACAAGUAUGGAUUAGAGAAAAUCAAAACGAUUGGAGACGCCUAUUUUUGUGUUGGAGGACAUAAUAACCCACAAAGUGAUCACCCUGAGAGAGCACUCCGUUUCGCUAUUGAUGCAAUGACAGUUAUUCAUAACUACAAUGUUGAGCAAAUUAAAGAAAUUCACAACAAUCCAGAACUCAAGAGAAGACUCUUUGCUGAUGCCAAAGAAGGUGAAGAUAUGAGCUUGGAGAACAAACAGCUCAACAUUCGAAUGGGAAUGAAUACGGGUGGUGUGGUUGCAGGUGUGAUUGGAACUAAAAAGUUUGCCUAUGAUCUAUGGGGAGACACCAUUAACAUGGCUUCUCGAAUGGAGAGCACAUCACUUCCUGGACGAGUACACAUGUCAGAGCAACUUACGAACGAGUACAUGACAUUGGGAAAGGGAGUUUGUCAAACCUAUCUGUUAAAUAACGAACAUCAUCAAAGUUCUGUUUUAACCAUUGAAGAAAUUGAGCAGUUAUUGGGAGGUCAAAUGAAAGCCAUCAUUGAAGAAGUUACGGAUCCUUUUGCCAAUAUCGACUUGUUUAGAAGCGAUAAUUAUUCAUUCCCAAAGCUUGUGACAAAUGCAGAAUUUGUUGCUGCAAUGAAAGAGUUCUUAACAGAUUUUAAAACAGAUAUUGCUGAAUUUUAUUUGACACUCAUCAACCAAUUCAAGUCAAAUGCAAACGUUUCUGAAAGAUAUGAGGUUGCAUCUACUUUGGUUACCACAUUUUUAGCAGAGGAAGCUCCAAGAAGAUUGAAGUUCAAAUUUAUGAAGAAUGCGUUUGGACCAUUCCAGCUUAAAUUUAAUCAAUGCAAUAGCUCUUUUUGUCCAGUGGAUCUAUUUGACAAUUUUUCUAAUUUAUCUAUCAAGACACUGAAACCAGAAUUUCCAAAAUUCUUAAAAUCCAACCCCUUUUUAACAUUUUUAAAAAAGUUAAAGAAGCAAGAUCCUGACACAUUGUUCAAGUAUUUGAGAGUAGGCAAAGAUGGUUCCUCUACUCAUGACUCUGCAGAGGAAGAAGAUGAAAAAGAAUUUAUUCUAUUUUGUGAGAAGUGUGGAACUGAAAUUAUUAAUCUUGAAAAUCACAGAUUCAACGAUUGGGAAUUUGAUCACCGUAUUGAAGGCAUGACUACCUUUGCCGAUUGGAGAAUUCACACAGAAACACCUGAAGGAAAAACAUAUCUAUCUCCAGAAGUGGAUCAUAACCAUCUCAGCAACUCGAGGAGACACACUCAAAUUAAAUACCACUAUACCAUGGAUUGUAGUGCAGAGGCACUUUUUAACUUGUGGAUUGAUCCUGAUUAUUUCAAGUGUAGAGAAUUAACGAUCGAGUCUUCCAACUUGAUUGAUUUUGUUAAGGUUGGAAAAUAUGCUCAUGCCAUCUAUCAUGAAAUUUUAAAGAUGAGUUUUCCACAACAAGACAGAGAAUUACUUCAUGCUUAUUGCUGUAGAAAAGAUCCAGAGCAAAAGAGAUUCCUUUGUGUUUCGAGAUCCAUCAAUAAUCCAAAGGUCUCUGAAGGUUCUACCUAUGUGAGAGCAGAAAUCAAGUCAGCGUUUAUGGUAGAGGAAACUGAUGAAAACAAGUGUACCUACACGUACACAAUUAUCUAUGAUCCAAUGGGAUGGUUGAAUGCAGACCACUACUUUACAACGUUCAAGGAAUCAAAUAAGGACGUCUUCCAUGAUGAGCUAAAGAAGAUGGUGAAGGAAAGAGGUGCCAAGAAGAGUCACAAACCACCUGAAGUUGGAGGACUUGUGGAUUCUCUUCGUUAUUCCAUUGAGAUGAGAAGCAAAAAACCAUAA